AGCAGCAGCAUCAGUGCAGACACGGAUCAGCGUAAAGGCAGAAGGGAGCGCUUAGGAUACCACCAGCAUUAUCAGACAUCCUGCAGGACUCAAUGGAUUGGGCCGUUAUUUUGGUUCUGCAUGUCAUGUUUCAACCUUCCCUCUCAGUGUUGUUCACUGUUGAGGCAGAGCGAACCAUGUACGAGUCAAAGUUUGGAGAAGAUGUUGUGAUGGGCUGCAGGUUUCAGCCUAAACUAUCAAACCAUCAGGCUGCCCUGCAGGUGAUGUGGCAGUGGUUCACCUCCACCUUGAUUCGUGAAGUGUACCAUUUGGAUGACUGGAAACAGAACGUUGCAACCCAGGAUCCUGAUUACCUUGGACGGGUGGUGCUUCUCACUGAGGAGCUGCAUAAAGGCUGGGCCAAACUAAAGAUCUCCAGACUCAGGAUCAAUGACUCUGGGACAUACCAGUGUUUGGUGCAAACAGGAGAAGGAGCUGAUUAUAAAACAACAACUUUGUCCGUUGUUGCACCUUAUAAAUCAGUGACUAAACACAUUGAGAAGGCUGCAGGGGGGGAUGACAUGCUGCUUACUUGUCUGUCUGAGGGAUACCCGGAGUCUCCUGUUAUGUGGCAAAAUGGACAACAUCAGACACUCAGUUCGAAUACCACCUCCGUGACAACUCCAGAGCAACUUGUCCAAGUCACCAGUCGGAUACGUGUUAGAUCAUCGGCCAAAGACAGCUACAAGUGUAUCUUUACAAAAGAUGGCUCCUCCGCAACAUUUCAAAUUCCAGAUGAAAUACCUGUUCCUCAGAAGAGGAAUGACGCUCUCAUCGUCGUUCUGAGCAUAGGUGUGAUAAUAGUUGCCCUUAUCAUUGCAAUGCUCUUCUACCGACGACAAAAAGGUUUUAGAUUUCAUUGCACAAGGAACCUUUCGGUCGACGGUCAAGGCAAAUCUGAUUCUGUUGCUGCCUGUAUAGCAAAAAAUAAAGACAACGAGGAAGAGAUAACUAUUUUUAAUGAAGGGUGCAUGGAGGAAAAUCUGGGGGCAUUUCUGAAAAACCAUUAUUCCAACUUCUCGCUCAGCACCGAGAUGACACACCACUGCGAAGCUUUCGCGGUGGAGGAGCUGCCUCACAGGCUGCAAAACAAUGAGGGCAAGUCUGUGAGUCUUCAAGCUUUACUACCAAAAGCUGGAGAAGUAGUUUUCCUCGAGGGAUCCCCAGGAAGCGGGAAGACAACUGUAGCCCACAUCCUGGUUUCUUCUUGGACUGAGGGUCCGACACAUGCCCUCUCUAAACGUGUCAAUCUCAGCACUGUUCGAUUUCUUUUUACAAUUGACUGCAACAGAGUGAAGGGCGACUUCUUUCAGGAAAUAAAGAUGCAACUUUCUCUCUUGGAAAAGACAGAGGAUGAGUUGAGGACUUUGUUAACCAGUGAGGCUCUGCUGGUGUUGGAUGGGUACCGAGAAGGGAACCAUUUUUUUGACGAGUCCUUGAGGAAGUUUGUAAUGGAAAGAGAAGGAUGCAGGGUGCUGGUCAUGUCCUGCCCAAGACACUGUCCAAUACUCAAUGACACAGUUGUGACAGGACGUACACUGCAGAUCCAAAACAAAGUAUGACCUUCUAGGGCACAGACGUUUGAGCGAAGACACAGACAUAAUGUACUUUUUGUAUAAAUAUUUGUAUAAUGUUACUAGUUUUAUGAAUGCAUGGUUGGAUUUUUUACAAGCCCUGAUAUGCUGCAAAAAAUGUUGAAUUCAAUUUAUGUAGGGAUACGCAAUAAAUGCUUUUGCAUUAUCAA